AUGGCGGCUAUAUCAUCAUCUCCAGUUGUCCAAGCGAUCGAUCAGAAAUCUAUUCACCAGAUUUGCUCUGGUCAGGUUGUUUUAAGUAUUGCAACUGCAAUGAAAGAGCUUGUUGAAAAUAGCUUGGAUGCUGGAGCCACCAACAUCGAAAUCAAACUACGAAAUCAUGGCGCUGACGUUUUAGAGGUUAUCGAUAAUGGCUGUGGGGUAGAACCCCACAAUUUCGAAGCGUUGACUUUAAAGCACCAUACCUCGAAGCUAAAAGAUUUCUCCGAUCUCGCAAGCGUGGAAACGUUUGGUUUCAGAGGGGAGGCACUAAGCUCCCUUUGUGCGCUGAGGUAUUUGUGAAGGGGACGCUAUUUGGUGUUGGCGGGAAACUAAAUUGGUUAUUUAACGUCCCUUACGGCUGAAUGUUGUUGAUAGCUUGCAAUAUAUCUGUAAAUUCGUCACUAGAACCAUUUGACAGGUCAAUGACCAAAUCUUUAGCUAAGAGAGUGAGGGUGAUUGUGCUAACAAUGGAAGGUCGGGGUGUAGUCAAGAGGAAUAGGGGAGGGGGUUGGGAAUGGGGUGGGGGGGAGGAGUAUGGCUUGGUAGGAUCUUUUGAUCUCAUAGUUUUAUUAUGACUAGUGCCUCAACCAACUUGGUAUGGGGCUUCUUGUAUUGUAGUGCUCAAUUGAAAGAACAGCAAAAAGGUCACAGAAACAAGUCAUUUUACAUGCUAUUGGGGUUCAUGAACUGGGUAAUGAGAAAACGAUACCACAUUUUUAGGAACCACAAGCCAUUCAAUUCGCCUGAUGUAUUCUUCUCUCUCUCCACAGCAAACUUAUAAUAGUGACACAUCACUCGUCCCAGACUGUGGCAACAAGACUGGAAUAUGAUCACAAUGGAAAACUGCUUUCCAAGAACCCUUGUGCCAGGGCUGUUGGCACCACAGUGUCAUUAGAAAACCUUUUUUCAACUUUACCUGUACGCCAUAGAGAGUUUCUCAGGAACAUCAAAAGGGAGUUCUCAAAACUAGCACAUGUCCUUCAAGGAUACUGUCUUGUAAGUACAGGUGUGAGGAUAAUGUGCAGUAAUCAAGUGGAAAAGGGAAAGAAGACAACAAUUGUGUCAACAAAUGGAAGUGAUCAGGUGAAGGAUAACAUAACCUGUGUCUUUGGACCAAAGCAGGUAUGUGAAGUGUGUAUUUCCCUGACUGGUAUAGUACAAGGUUGUUAAAAAAGCUAGUAGGUACCCUGUGGUAUCUCCUCAAAUAAAACUCCUAACUUAGAGUUUGACACUGAGAUACUGUGGUGCCAUCACAAAAUUUUUUCUGCCUUUGGGUACUGCACCCCUGACUUGACUUUGAACAUCAAUGCAGUAAUUGGACUUCAUAUUCACUUUUCUCACAUGCGAUUGCAAACCAGGGUGAAUUUCACUCUCGGGGCCCAUUGUUUUAAUUUUCUUAUGACCAUGAUGCACCCUCCUGAAAUACAUCAUGACAGUGUACUGCAGGAGGCCUUUGCCAACCUCUGACUGACUAUUAACCAACUUGCUAUCUUGUUAUUACAGUGACAUCAUGAACGAUAAACAGUUAUUAGUGAGCCUAUACACCAGCUGUUUCAGCAUGAAAUAUCUGGUUGAGUACAGUUCAGUUUUACCCAGUUUAACUCUAUGUGGUGUUUAUUUGUGACACUCUUCUCUCUACGAUAACAUAAAAUGACGUUUGAAAGAUAACUCUGUAUUGACAGACAAUUGACUGUCUUGCUAUCUGAUACAUUGACUAAGGCUUCCUUGAGUACUCUUGAUGCCUCAAGAGGAGUUCCCUAAAUGUACAGCCAGGUGCUCUUACAUACUCUUAAGUGGCUAACUGUCCUGCCUUGAUACCUUCACACCCAGGGGUGGUUUUAUUUCACCUUGGUGCCACAAGAUUUUGAUUCAUUAAAACCAGCAAGUUCCUGUAGGCUCCACUCUCAGAAGCCCUUAAACUACUUAUUCAGGUGCUCUCACGCUCCCUCCAGUUGCCAACCCUUUUGCUCAGAUACCUUCACACCCAGUCAUGAUUUUAUUUUUCCUUGAAACCAUGACAUUUUGGUUUAUUCAAACUAGCGAGUUCUUGUAGAUCUGUAAUUCUAUAAGUUCUCACACCUACUCAGGCAGUUAUCAUGUAAUUAUAUCUUAUUUCUUUUUUGUGGAUUGAUAACCCUCUGCGACCCCAUGUUGUUGCCUUCUCAAAGUGCUUUUUGAUUUAAUUUUGUUAAACUGAAAUCCCAAAUACGAAAUCACGGCAGCUGAUCAGAACAGAGGAACACCUCGGGAAUUAGUGCUAAAUCAAAUGACACAAAGAAAACCAGCCUCGCAUUCCAGAAAAAUUGAAUGUUCAAGUUCUGGUUGAUUCCAGUUUUGCUUCCGAUUGGUUGAGGAGAAGGUGCGAGGUUUUGUUUUGGGCACCAAUCAAAAACUUUAGGGAAGCAAAAACACCACAGUCCUGUAUUGCCGUCCUUCGCGUUAACUUGAAGAUGUAAUUUUUAUUUCUUUAGGUACAAACUAUAAUGGCUUUUGAACAAUCAGCGCCAAACGAAGAGGAUUGCAAUGAAAUCGGCCUUGAUGCAGCGAAAACUGACCUACAGAACAAUCCCUUCCAUAUCACGGGCUAUAUUUCAAAACCAGAUCACGGCAUGGGACGUAGUAGUGCUGAUCGUCAGUUUUUAUACAUUAACAAAAGACCUUGUGAACUAUCCAAAGUGCUCAGAGUCAUAAAUGAGGUUUAUCACACUUACAACAGACAUCAAUAUCCUUUUGUGAUGCUAGAUAUUACCUUAGCAAGAGGUGAGUUCUGAUUACAAAGAUUAUUGUUAUGUACCAAGCACAUACAAUACAGUGAAACUUAUUUUUACCUGACACCCCAAGAGACCCUCGCUUCGCAUCCGUUCAAUACAGAACCUGUGCAAUGUUGAGGUCGUAAAAAAUCAAUGGUGGCAGUGCCCAACUAGAAUAUGGGAGGCACUGGUUCGAAUCCCGUCGACACCUGAUUUUUUUAGGCCUCUUUUCUGUAAUUGCUGAAAUGGCAGUUCGCCUGCGGGGAUCAUUUCAUCCGCAGGUCAAAUUAAAGCUAUUUCUUUUCGAAUUGUUACGUAAUAAAAUCUUAAAACUGACCUUUUUGUUUGUUUGUUUUGUCAGUCAAUUAACCCUUUAACUUCCGUGGUGACAAAAACAGAAAUUUUUCUCACCAUAUUUCUACCAUAUCAUGUAGAAAAGAGAUGAGAAUUAAGAAAAAUAUCAAUUAUGGGAUUACUAAUUGAUCCGAUACCAAAUUCUCCAAACUAACAUAAUGAGAUCGUUUGGCAGACAGUAAGGAGAAUCACUGAUGAGAUCUUGGGAGCUAAAGGGUUGAUCACAUAAUAACGUUCAUUGAAAUUAUAUUAACUGUGAGCAGGCUCACUUUGUUGCCACGGCACGAGCAGCGAAGCUCGCGUGUCAUAUUUCUCGUGCCGGGCACUACACAGACCUCUCGCGCGCUUGUUCCGUUCGUUAGCUCGAAAUUCGUGGGCUUUGCCGCGCAUGCUGCUGCGUUAAUAUUAAUGAAAGCCUGCUCGCAAGCUGAAAUAUAUGUUUUUAUGGAUUCUUCUGACAGAUGGAGUGGACGUGAAUGUGACUCCAGACAAACGACAGGUUUUUGUUCAGGAGGAGAAGGUGCUCCUGGCCACAAUGAAAUCAUCCUUGAAGAGAAUGUUUGACCCUUGUACAGCUUCAUUUGAUGUCAAUCAAAAACCUCUGAUGCAAAUAACACUGGCCGAAUCUUUCUCAGCAAAAGAGGCUAACAAUGUGACUUUCCCCAAUAACGAGCAACUUCGUAAUCAGAAAGGUACGGGCUCUACAGUCAAUAAAGAUGCUAAAGUAUCACAGUCUGUAGAGCCUAUGUUGAUAUCCAGACCUGGUGUGUCUGAAGAGAGAAUGAGGUUCCCUUCCCUCAGUAGUUUUAAGAGGAAAUUCUCAGCUGUUGAUGGAUAUGUUAGGAACAAAUCAAAAGAACCCUGUAGUAAGCAAGCAAGGCUUACUUCUAUGUUUUCUCGGGUUGGUGGUUUGUCAAAUCGAAGCCACAACGUGGGAUUACGAUCUGACAGGAAACAUACAACCGUAAUUAACGGCCACGGAGAUGAUGAAGAACUCAGGGAAGAUGGCAGAAGUAAAGAACAUGUUAUUGAAGUUCAGGACGAAUUAGAUACGAAGAACUUUGUGAAAGAGAAGUAUGUCCUUGAUUAUAGUAACGAGGACUGCACAGUACAGCGUGAAAGCGACAGUGUAUUAAGAGUGAGUGAGGUAAGGGACACACCUUGCGGAGCGACUGUUUCAGAUGAUAAUUCUGUUGAGGAGAGUAGUUCAAGAUGUCCUGCUUCUUCCCAAAGUUUUAGUUUUGUAAACGAAUCCGGAGAAAACAGCCAAAAUGAUCCAGAGCCUGUGAAUGAAAAUCAAUGCUCUUAUAAAAAUGUGGAUGGCAGAGAUUACGCCAUGAAGUCGUUACUUGUAACUCCUAAACGUCCGAAUGCUUCAAGUACAAAACAAGUUGCUUCCGGUUCAUUUAGAGACCGGAAGGAAAGCACAGUUAACUUUAGUAUGGAUAAUCUGAUAACUAACGUCAAGAAACCGCAGCGAGAAAAAACAAGGGCUGUUGAAGCUCGCUUGUUCAGAGCCAAGAUUGCUCCAGAGAGCAAUUCUAGUGCAGAGUCAGAGCUGAGAAAGAAUAUUAGCAAAGACAUGUUUAAACGGAUGGAAAUUCUAGGUCAGUUCAAUUUGGGUUUCAUCGUCGCUAAACUGGACAAUGAUUUGUUUAUAAUCGAUCAGCAUGCAUCGGAUGAGAAGUAUAACUUUGAAGAUCAGCAGCGCAAUACCACAAUCAGGUCACAACGGCUCAUUGUUCCACAGAAACUUGAACUAACUGCUGCUAACGAAGCCAUCCUCAUGGACAAUGUAGAUAUAUUUCGAAAGAAUGGGUUCGAAUUUGAAAUUGACGUAAAUGCUGAAGCGAUGAGGAAGGUCAAACUAGUUACGCUUCCAAUGAGCAAGAAUUGGACCUUCGGCGUGGAGGAUAUCGAAGAACUGAUUUUCAUGUUGAGUGAUUCUCCCGGCAUUAUGUGCAGACCUUCAAGAGUUAGGAAGAUGUUUGCGAGCCGUGCAUGCCGUAUGUCUAUCAUGGUUGGAACAGCAUUGGAUCAAGCCCAGAUGAAGAAGAUUGUCUGUCAUAUGGGUGAGAUUCAACAUCCGUGGAAUUGUCCUCAUGGCCGGCCCACCAUGAGACAUUUGGUUAACCUUGGCAUGCUGCCAUCAUCAGAUUGCCAUUGA